UGCACAGAUCCGGCUGGCUGGCAUGGAAACGAGGGAUGUGUGGGGAAGGGGGGAUGAAAGGGAAAGUUAGUGAACACAAAGAGGAAUCAAAGACAGGGAGAGCAGCAACUUGAGAACAGAAGGCAAGCUUCAUCCUCUGUGAUCUACCGCCCAGGACACAUUUCACUUGCGGCUUGUUGGAAGGAUUUAAAGAGGAUGCCGGUGAUCACAGCUCAGCCACCACCCUUCGGCAGGCUGCAGAGGGAGAAGCACAUCGAACAGCUCUUCUUGUCCUUACGCCGGGGGGGGAGGAGGGGGUCCCAGGAGCCACAGAACAGUCUGGGAGAAGAAGCAGGACAGGGGGACUCUGGGACACUGGAGCCGGAGGCACAGUCCAGCAUCCCCAGAGUCCUCAAGCCAGCGGGCGCCACAGAGAGCAGCGAGCAGAGCCUGGCUCUCCUAGUGGACGAGGAGCAGCUGUGCAUCACAGCCAGGCCGGGGCUCCAAGGACUGGCCUGUGAGCCCGGGAGGACCUACAGCAUCACCACAGCUUCUGGGAACCAGCUCUAUGUGGUAGUCGAAGACACAUCAUGCCUGUGUCUGCUCUCCUGUGGUCCCGCUCGCUCCUGCUCGCUCCGUGGGUACAACAGAGAGAUGCAGGAGGUCUUCCUGUUCGAGAGGCCCCUGAGGGCUGAUGCGUGCUGUCUGGGCUGCUGCUUGAUGGAAAUGCAAGCGUUCACACCUGACCACCAGCUCAUCGGGACUGUGCGUCAGAAGUGGAGCAUGUUUACCCCCCUCAUGGAGCUCAGUGACUCGGAUGGGACGUCCUAUAUCAGGAUUCAGGGCCGCUGCUGCCCCUGUCGCUGCUACUCCACCCAGGAGUUCCAGGUGGUGUCCAAGAUUGGAGACAAAUUGGGAAAAAUUUGGAAAAAAUGGCCUGGCUUCAAUGAAGACUACAACAUGGACCACGAAUACUUCGGUCUGGAUGUCCCAUCUGAAAUGAGCCUGAAAACCAAAGUGCUGUUACUGGCUGCUGCAUUCCUACUGAACUACAUGUUUUUUGAGAUGAGCUAAACAUUCUGGAAGAGUACAGAGAGAGCUGCCUUGACCAAUGGGAGCACAGAGAGAUCA